CAAUGGCAGCGGCGGCCGCGGCGGCUCCGGGCUGAGCCAGACCCGGGACUAGGAGGGGCUGAGCCGCGGGGGAUCCUGGAAUCGGCGGGGAGGUGGGGAUUCUGGGAGGAAAACUCCAUUUCCUCCUUCCCUGCUGGCCUCUCCCCUCCACCCGAGCACCCCAAAUUUCGAUGUGUCUCCUCCCGGGCGCAGAGCGCUGGCGCUGAGCGAGGCGGCGGCGGCCGCGGCCGGGAAAAUGCUGGGCAUGUACGUGCCGGACAGGUUCUCCCUGAAGUCCUCCCGGGUUCAGGACGGGAUGGGGCUCUACACGGCCCGCAGAGUGAGAAAGGGUGAAAAGUUUGGACCGUUUGCUGGAGAGAAGAGAAUGCCUGAAGACUUGGAUGAAAAUAUGGAUUACAGGUUGAUGUGGGAGGUUCGUGGGAGUAAGGGAGAAGUUCUGUACAUUUUGGAUGCUACCAAUCCACGACACUCCAACUGGCUUCGCUUUGUUCAUGAGGCACCAUCUCAGGAGCAGAAGAACUUGGCUGCCAUUCAAGAAGGAGAAAACAUUUUCUAUUUGGCAAUUGAAGAUAUAGAAACAGAUACAGAACUUCUUAUUGGCUACCUGGACAGUGACAUGGAGGCCGAUGAGGAAGAACAGCAAAUUAUAACAAUGAUCAAAGAAGGGGAAGUUAAAAAUUCUAAAGGACAAUCAACAGCUGGCAGAAAAGAUUGCCUUGGCUGUAAAGAGGACUAUGCUUGUCCCCAGUGUGACUCAAGUUUUACCAGUGAGGAAAUUCUUGCCGAGCAUCUUCAGACAUUUCAUCAGAAACCUACAGAGGAGAAAGAAUUUAAGUGCAAGAACUGUGGGAAGAAAUUCCCAGUUAAGCAGGCUUUGCAAAGACAUUUUGAGCAGCACCAGGAGACUUGCCGGGGAGAUGCCAGGUUUGUGUGCAAGGCCGACAGCUGUGGGAAGAGGCUAAAGAGCAAGGAUGCCCUCAGAAGACACCAGGAAAAUGUCCAUGCUGGAGAUCCUAAGAAAAAGCUCAUAUGUUCAGUGUGCAAUAAAAAGUGUUCAUCAGCAUCAAGCCUGCAGGAACAUAGAAAGAUUCAUGAGAUAUUUGAUUGUCAAGAAUGUAUGAAGAAAUUUAUUUCAGCUAAUCAGCUAAAACGUCAUAUGAUCACUCACUCAGAAAAGCGACCCUAUAAUUGUGAGAUUUGUAAUAAAUCUUUCAAGAGGCUUGAUCAAGUGGGUGCCCACAAAGUAAUACACAGUGAAGAUAAACCUUACAAAUGCAAGCUUUGUGGAAAGGGAUUUGCCCACAGAAAUGUUUACAAGAAUCACAAGAAGACCCAUUCUGAAGAGAGACCAUUCCAGUGUGAGGAGUGUAAAGCUUUGUUCCGGACCCCAUUUUCUUUGCAGAGACACCUUCUCAUACAUAACAGUGAGAGGACUUUCAAGUGCCAUCACUGUGAUGCUACCUUUAAAAGGAAGGAUACUUUAAAUGUUCAUGUCCAAGUGGUCCAUGAAAGACACAAGAAAUACAGGUGUGAGCUGUGUAACAAGGCAUUUGUUACACCUUCAGUGCUUAGAAGUCACAAGAAAACACAUACUGGAGAAAAGGAGAAAAUCUGCCCAUAUUGUGGCCAGAAAUUUGCCAGCAGUGGUACACUGAGAGUUCAUAUUCGUAGCCACACAGGUGAGCGGCCCUAUCAAUGCCCUUACUGUGAGAAAGGAUUCAGUAAAAAUGAUGGACUGAAGAUGCAUAUCCGUACUCAUACGAGGGAGAAGCCUUACAAGUGCUCAGAGUGCAGCAAAGCCUUCAGCCAGAAGCGAGGCCUAGAUGAGCACAAGAGGACGCACACCGGAGAAAAGCCUUUUCAGUGUGAUGUUUGUGACUUGGCUUUUAGCCUGAAGAAAAUGCUGAUCCGACACAAGAUGACUCACAAUCCCAAUCGUCCCCUGGCAGAAUGCCAGUUUUGUCAUAAGAAGUUUACAAGGAAUGACUACCUCAAAGUGCACAUGGACAAUAUCCAUGGUGAAGCUGACAGCUAAUGGUAGCUGUAAAGGAAUUAAACAUUCAGAAGGGCUCCUGAUAUGAAACCCAGAUUUCUCUCACCUGAUUAGCAUAGCAGAAGUAGCCAAAAGUAAUUCACUGGUUUCAUAGGUCUUAUUUUUGCCUACCUUUAGAGUUCAUAGAUGCAUAUGCAACAAAAAAAAAGAAAGAAAUUCCUACUUUUACCAAAAAAUGAUACAAAUGGAAAAAAAAAACAACUCUGUAGCCUUGCAAAAUACUAUGUGUGCUCUGUCUUAUAAGAUGGAAAAAGGAGUCAUGGCUUUCCAUUCUGGCUACCUCUCCGCGUGAAAUGUAUUAACAUACUCAUUGUUGGGCCUUUUUAUUUCAUUACUGUCUUUCUGUGUGUGUGUGUGUGUGCGUGCAUGCACAUGCUGGUUAUUACUGAUUUAGUCAGAAAAAUUAACAUACCAAAAUAUUUCAUACAGAUGAAGAUAAGAUCAAGGGUUUUUAAAGUAUCAAGCAUGAUACAGGAUAAAACUUGCUGUUUUGUGAAACACACCAAAAGUUUAUCUUAUUGAUAGCUCCCUAUAACAGGUCAGUUUAAAAUAAAGAGGUAUUUAAGAAUGAAAGCAUCUACUGAAAUAUUGCUCAUUUUAGAUAAUUCUUCAGAAACACCUCUAUUCACUUAGAUGCAGACUUUCAUGGUCUAUAGUACUUUCAUAAGAUCUAUGCAAAAAUGACCAUACACCUUAAAUGUAUAUCAAGCUGACUCUCCUGAGUUUAUACCAGUCAUCUUUAGAAAUUAAAUAUAUAAAUUUAUAUAACUAAAAAUUAAAACAAAAUAGAUGCUCAAUAUUCACUGACUGACAGAGUAUCAGCACGUUACUCUAUCAGUUAUGAUGAACCUAGCCCUUCACCUGCACAUCCCAGCAAAGUGCACAGAACGUGUUGGGACAGAUGUAAUAGAGUCCUUAGAGCAUUAACAUUCUUUUUCAAAAAAGACAUUUCCCAGAAUCUUGGCAGUAGGUGAUUCUGAAACACUUUUGAAUUGCCCUCAAUUGUUUUAUAUAAUUAAAAAUCCAGAAUAAAAACUACAAAUCUGGCAAUUGUUAUAAUUAUCACUGAUGCUUAAGGGAAAUUGAAACAAGAAGUGUAAUUUCUUCCUUUAGGUUAUAUUUCAAUAAAAUUCUUGAGAGCAACAUACAAUGAACAACUUGUUUUGGGAGAAGUUAUGAUAAGAUAUAAGAGUGCUGUCAAAAUAGCAUAAAGGAGUCCAAAAACCAGAUGAAAGUCAAAAUGAAGUCCAAAUCACGAAUUUUUCUACUUUAGAGCUCAAAGGAGAGGAAGUAUAACUUUAAGUAAAUUGGUUCUGAUUUAAGAAGAAAGUUUAUCUGAAGACACAGUUCUUUGAAGUCAGGAAUCUUGUUUCAGAAUUAUGUGUUUGCUCAAUUCCAGCUUUAAAAAGAAGCAUAAAGAUUCAAUAUAGAGAUUUUAACUCUGUAAAACUACUAAAUUUGGAACUCACUAGAGUUAACAUUUAAAAAUAUAAAUGUCAGAUUAUAAUUUAGAAGAUAUCUAAGUAUGGUUAUAUGAAGCAUUUUUGUAUCUGAAAAUUAUAGACUGUAUUUUAUAAAGAUAGAUUUUGGUCUUGUUUCUCACUAUGUCAUUUGUUUCAACAGUAUAUUUUUAGAUCUAAAAUGUUUUCAAUUGAACACGAUGGUGUGCUUAAUAUUUGAAUAUAAAAGGCCAGAUGUAAAAUUUGGUAGUGUGUAUUAUUUAAACACAUUCUGCUCAUUCCUUUGGAUGCUACCUCUUCUGUAUGGUAAUCACACGAUUAUGUGAUGAAUGUGAAACUUGAAAGGAAGCCAAAUACCAAUUUUGUAUAAUCUCAGUGACUAAAGGUUUACAGAUCUGCUGUAAUUGGAAAUUACCCUUGAAACCAUGUUGUCGCCAUGUUGUAGAAUAAACUGAUGAGAAAGAGGUGCUG